AUGGAACCAAAAGGUAUAAUUAAAGUCACCUUCCGUCCCGUCAGUGGGAGGAAAGGAGAGGUGUUCCUCCACGGUUUGGGCGCCGGAAAGUUAGAGGUCGAAGCCGGUGCUCCAGAUCCCGGUGGAGUUGGAUUCGGUCCUCCGGAGCCUGGAGGCGUGCCCGCCGCUGGCCCGCCGCUGGUGUUCGCUGGCGAGGCGCGGAAGCUGGAGGAGAGGCUCGCCGAGGCUGCGUUCGGCCGUGCGUUCUUGCUUCUGGGGGGCGACCGCACCGAGAGCUUCAGGGAGUUCAGUGCCGACGAAAUAAGGGACACGUUUAGGGUUUUGUUGCAGAUGGGCCUCGUCUUGACCUUCGGAGGACAGAUGCCCACGAUCAAGGGAGACAUCAUUCACGGUGAUACCUUCGAUGAAAAGGGUCGAGAGCCAGAUCCAAGACGGCUGCUGAAAACCUACAGCCAGUCCGCAGCAACCUUGAAUCUUCUUGGAGCAUUUGCGACCGGUGGCUAUGCAUCCAUUGACAGAGUCAACGAGUGGAACCUUGGUUUCUUGGAUCGCCGCGAGCAAGGAGUCAGGUGA